CCUGGUGUCCUACUGUACUUGGCAAUUUCAUCACAACAAAGUGAUAGAACCGUCUUGAGAAAAUGAUUGCACCAAUCAGGAUCUUGAUUAUUCUGUGCUUUGUGAUCACAGGAGGAUCUGCUCUUUGGGAGGAGAUAGCGGGCCCAUAUGACAUCAGAUUCAGUUAUCGCUCGAAUUGUGAAAAAAGAGGAAAAAUAAAUCUCUUUGAACCCAUAAAAGCAAGAAAGUUGAAUCGAACACAUUUUGUAUACAGUGGUAUUAUAGAUAUAGGAGCACCUGCAGAUGAUAAUUUGAAGUUCACUUGUGUGAUGAAAAACUGGACUGUGAAUUACAACUUCAACAACGUACCUGCUCUUCCUUAUGGCGAAUACAGAGUGGAGGGGUCAUUCAUUAAGAUUCAUCAAUAUAAUAGAAGAGAGCUGAUAUCAUGUACAAGAUAUUAUGGGAUAAUUACUCCAAAAAUGCCUAAAUCUCCAAAGAAAACUCAGCAGAGUAAUCGCAUGACGAAUGCUUCAUCACUUAUUACACCAUAAGAUUCACUGUUUCUCAAAAAAAUUAAUUUCACUCUCAAAUUUGAAAUGUUCUCGGGGUCCAAUGUGUUCACAAUUCUGGAAUAAUAAGCCUGGCAGAUAGUUCAAUUA